CCCUAUGGGAUCCCCGUUGUCGUCCCAAUCUUGGCUGACUUAGUAAUGGACGACUUGGAGACAUUUUGUUUGGAACAACUGGAGUUUGAAGUUAACACAUACUACAGAUACGUGGAUGAUGUGUUCACAAUAAUACUUAAUAACAAGAUAGACGACAUACUAAAAGUUUUUAACAGUUACCAUCCACGACUUAAAUUUACACACGAAAUAGAGAAAGACUGCAAAAUAAAUUUUCUGGACGUUUCUGUAAUUAGACGCAACAACACUUUAGUGACAAAUUGGUUCCGUAAAGUUACCUUCUCGGGAAGAUACAUUAACUAUUUCUCAAACCACCCACACAAAUAUAAGACUAAUAUUAUUAAUAACUUGACUGACCGAGCGGUCUUACUCUCUGACGACAGUUUCCAUGACGCAAAUUUAAAACUUGUAAAAGAAAUAUUGACUAAUAAUUGCUUCCCAACGCAUGUCAUAGACAAACAUAUAAAGUGCAGACUGAAACAAUUAAGAAACCAAAAGGAUAAUAAAACUAAAGAAACUCCGUUUGACCCCAGACAAGUUGUCACCAUACCUUACAUAAAAAACUUAAGCGAUAAUAUUAGUCGCACAUUUAAGAAGUGUGGCAUUCAGACAAUCUUCACUGUCCUAAAAAAACUUAAUAAUAUAAUAAAAAAGGGGAAAGACAGAUUACCCAACAAGAAACAAACUGAAUUGAUCUACAAAAUCAAUUGCGUUGAUUGUGAUGCGUGUUAUAUAGGACAAACUAAGCGACACCUUGAUACCCGAAUUAAAGAACACCUCAGCGACAUAAAGAAACAUGACAAUGACCACUCAGUGGUUAGCAAACACCGCACCACACUUGGACACGAAUUUCAGUGGUCCGACCCCCAGAUACUACAUAAAGAGAGAAAUUUAAGAAAAAGAGAGGUUGCUGAAAUGUUCUUUAUAAAAAGACACAGCUCUACGAUCAAUUACCAAAGGGAUACCGAAAGUUUGCCAGGGGUAUACGAAAAAAUCAUUGACAUCACCUAGGACACGAUUUAUAUGUUUACCUAUUUAUUUUUAAUCGGAGUGUUAUAUUUAUUAUAUUAUUUUGAAACGCGCUGAACUAUAGGUUCCUUGACAUAGCGACGACCUACUUAAUUUUAGUCGUAUUUCCACAGCGCCACGAUGACAAUUGCUCAGAGUGAGACAAGCUCCGCGCUUUACUAAUUUAAAUUGGUGCCCGAUGGCAUUUAACCACAUGCUAUGCGCCGUUUGAAUUGAUUGCACUUGAUAAGGGCCAAAACCCAUGGCCGAAACGUUGUGCGAAUAAAGGAGGUUUUCCUGUUGCCAGUGGUGUCGAUUAAAUCACCCUUCAAUAAAAU